AUGGGUGGAAAAAACUGCACACAUAUUUCUGAAGACUCUGUAGAUAUAAGCGAGAAUGCAAAUAAUAUCUCCAUAAGUCAAGCAAUAAAUCAUAGAAGAAAGCUACAUAAAUGUGAAAAUGGACUGAGUUAUUGCAAGUAUAUUUGCCUUAUUUGUAUGACAUUAGAAUGUGAUAUGAAGACACUCAAAAGCAAUCAUAAAAUGGAGCACUCUAUCUUUUUAAAUAUUGAAAAAGAAAAACUCUACUGUGUAAGUUGCAAUGAUGAUAUAAAAGGCUUAGAAAAAGAUUAAAACUUUGGAAAAAUGCUAGAAAUUUUAAUUGAAAAAACUAAAAUCUUUAAGGAAGACGAUAUAGUUAAAAGAAGGGUCAUUACUAAAUUUUCUUAUAGAGAUUUAAUCGAUGGGCUAACUAAAAAGUAAUUCAAAAAGAUAGUAAUAAUGACUGGAGCUGGAAUAAGUGUAAGUGCAGGCAUCCCAGAUUUCAGAUCUCCAGGAUCUGGUGUCUAUGCUAAUUUAGCUAAAUAUAAUCUUCCUUUUCCAGAGGCAAUAUUCACCCUACCAUAUUUCAUUGAGAAUCCUGAAGCUUUCUACACUUUUUGUCAGGAAUUCGAUUUAGAUAUAUAUAAACCAACUCCCACUCAUUUAUUCAUUACUCUUUUAGAUUAAAUGGGUGUCCUCCUUAUGAACUAUACUUAGAACAUCGAUAAUCUGGAGGAAAAAGCAGGGCUUGAUGUGAAAAACAAACUCUUGCAAGCUCAUGGCUCUGCAAGUGGAGCUAAAUGUGCUAUAUGUAAAAUGGAUAUGGACGAGUAAAAACUUAAAGAAUAAAUAAAAGUGGCCGAGGUGUAUAGAUGCUUAAACUAAAACUGCAAAGGUCCUGUAAAGCCAAAUAUUGUUUUGUUUGGUGAAGCCAUGCCUUCAGACUUUUUCAAAAAAUCUCAAAUGAUAUCAAGCUGCGACCUUUUACUUAUCAUGGGUACUGCACUCGCAGUUAGUCCAUUCAACUCAUUAGUCAGUUCAGCUCCUAAAAACACUCCAAAAGUUUUGAUUAAUAGAGAAAAUUUAGCUUAAUAUGGUUUUGAUUUUUUAAAAGAUGAUGAUAAGCUAUUUCUUGAAGGUAAUUGUGAUGACAUAAUACAAAAAAUCGUAAAAGAUUGUGAAUGGGAGGUUGAGUUUGCUAACUUAAACAAAUUAUGA